AUCCUCUCCUCCACAAUCUAUGGCGGCUCACGCGGGGCUCUUGCUGAGGCCUACAGCAUCGAGCAGGCCUCGCUGCACGGUAGUGCUAAUGCUAAUGCUCCCGCGUCUUUGGUGAACGUAGCAGCGCUUGCUUCUCUCAAAUUAGAUAUGCAUGUAUUUAACAAUGCUUCAAUUCUUCAUCGCAUCUGCUGAUUAUCGCAUUUGUCGAUUAAGCAAUCAAAAAUUGGUAAUCGUUUGUGUAAGUCGGUUAUCUAACACAUACACAGUAGGCAGCUAUACAUCCUGUUUAUCGAGUUAUCUGUAAUCUCUCUGUCAGACAAAGUAAUAAAACUAUACACGGGAGAAAUAAGCAUGAAUGGCUUAAUUUUAAUAAUCACCAGAGUUGCUCCUAAUUAUUUUGAUUUCAAGUGGGACUUAUGUGGCAGCUUUUCGUAUAAAAUGAGCUGUUGAUUUGCAUCCUAAACCAGCGACAGUGCAAAAGAACAACUAAUUAUGACUCUUAAUGAGCAGUGGGACAUUUGGUUACAUGCCUGGUUGAGCUAAAUUGGAAUAUUUCCUUAGGUGCAUGCUUUGUUUAGAUCCACAGUGGACAAUAAUGAGCUACAGUACACACUGCACAGUGUUUUCUUACCUUAAUUCUCUCUGUGUUGUGUUUUCUCUGUUGAAUUACACGUGGCUACUGGACAGGUAUGAAAUAAUCAAGAAGGUGAUUUUCCGGGUAGAUGUAGUUGCAACAAUUUAGUAACUGUUUGAAAGUUUAAUCGCCACCAGUUUUAUACCAGUAUUGAGGAGUGCAACAGGAUCAGAAAUGGCUGAAGAAAAAGGUUGUGUGUCACCUCUGGAUGAUACUGUGUUGUACUAUGCAGAGGAUGCAGGGAACAAGAGUCACUCCUGUGCUUAGAUAAGUUAGCUUUCUUGUCCCUGUGGACACAGACUGAGUAUGAAGAAGGCAUGUUGUCUCCCCUUGUUUGUAUUCUUUGCACAACAUAUCUGUAUUUUCUUCCAGUGACUCUCCCUUGCCUGUGACUUCACGUGUCUGUUUUGUAAAAUUCCUUGAGGCUGAGUCCGUGGGAGUUUCCCAACACCUGACGAACACAGUCUUCGUGGACAGAGCCUUGAUCGUGGUCCCUUUCGCUGAAGGUGGGUGUCUGUUUUAUUCCUUUGGCUGUGGUCAUCUCUGAACGUACGUCAUAAUGCGUAGGUGUAUUUGUUAGACUUGCAAACACUAGAGACAUUGAGGUUUGUGUUUUUCCUACUGCCAUGAAAAAGCAGCUAAGCUUUUCAGUGCUUGGCAUUUCUAGGUAUGUAAAAGGGAAAUGUACAUUUGUGUCUGUGUCUUACAAUCUAGCUGUAAACUUCUCUCUCUGUUAUUUGUGUUGUGGUUUUCAUAGUGGACAAGUCAUUUGCAGAGAGCCCCUUCCUUGCUGGCUGAAAGUGGUCCUCUGAUGCCAUCAGGAGAUUAGAAAAAAUAAUGGCACCAGGCUCGCAAGCCCCUUCUCUCUCUUGUUCUGCAGUAAAAUAUUAACUUUUUUUUCCUCUCUGUUCAAGGCAUCUUUUCUUGAAAAAAAAAAAUAGCCUCACAACUGCUUAAUCAAAUUAGGGGAUUUGGGAGGGUGCAGGGAAAUCUAAUGUCCUCACAUGUUGAAAGGAUUUUAAUAUUCUCAGAUACAAUGUGUGUCAUGUAGUAGGCAUUCACCAAAUAAGGGAUACCCCGAGCAAGUAGAAUAGUGUCAAGACAAUCCAAACAUAUCUGAACCAUUUCUGAUCCUCUGUUUAUAUUUUAACCUUCUGCGAAUCGAAAUUCGGCAGCAAUGUGUCAUUAAUGUUGUCUGAGAUACUGUGAAAGCCAUCAGAUCCACAGUGACAUUGCAGUAAAUGCUCUGCACGUACACAUAGGUGUUUUGGUUAUUGGUUGAUUUGACCAUGUUAUUAGGAUCGGCUUGGGCUGUGAUGGUUGGAUCGCAAACUCUAGGCCAGUAGGUGCAAGAAAACCAGGAAAAGAGUUAGGGUGAAGCUCCUGAAAACUGGUCUGAUCAGCCUAAUAAGAGAAAACACCUGUGUGGAUGUUGAAUCCAUCCCCUUCAAACACACACACACACACACUCACACACACACACACACACAAGUCUCCAAACUGAACUGACUUUUUUCUUCUUUUUUUUAAUGUAAAUUUCUUUAGCUGGGAAUUUAUCACACAGCUACAUAAGAGGGAAAAUAUGAAUACCGGAUCAAGAUUUGGGUCUGUUUCCUUUUGUUAACACUGAUCAGACUUUAAACCAGUAAAAGAAAAGAAAAUGUUCGGGACAUCCCUACACCAGCACAAAGCAUGCGAAAUAGAAGAACUAAUCAGCUGUGCAUGCUAGACUAGAUUUUUGAAGGUGUUUGCCAUCAUCUGAGUUUUGGCCAGCGGGUGUUGUGGCAGUUAAUUCUAAUUUGGCUUUUGGUCAUAAUAAGCACAGAAACUGCCUUCAGCAUUUACUUGCUUUAUUUCCCAAAGCCUUGUAUUAUUGUUAUUACUAUAUUAUUAUUAUACUGUAAAUUUGCAUUCCCAAACUUUGACUAACACAAGAGAUAAUUAUUGUUUUAAGCCUCUUGAUGUUGCCGUAAAAAUGCAUUUUUAUUAACUUAAUUUUUUAAAUUGACCCUCUCCAAACAUGACUCUGAACGAGUUGAGUGAAUCUCACGUUUAACAGUGGUGUUUCUUUUGUUGUUGUGUUUUACAGUUCUUUUUCCUGGUUCAGCCAGCCCUAUUUACCAGGCCCCGCUGAAAAUGCCACCAACAGUUUUGUCUUCUGCAGCCUUAUCCUGUUUCUCAAGUGUCCUUUCUGUUGUGUGCGUGGGUGUGCGUGGGUGCAUGUCUCCCCCCUCUCUCUCUCUCUCUCUCUCUCUCUCCCUCUCUCCCUCCCUCCCUCUCUCCUCCCUUCAUAAUGUAAAGAAACAUGUCAGAUUAAAAAAUAGCCUGUUUUCAGAUUGCACAGCCAUGGAUGAUCAUCUCAUGAGAUUUUUUUUUCUGUCAUUUUUACCGUUUGGUUCUCUUCAGCUUUGGGAAUAUUUUUCUUAUCACUACCUUUGCUGGCAAUAGCCUGUAAUUGUUCAGUGUAGAUUAUUGUUUAUUUACUAUAUUUUUUGUGACAUACUGUUGGCUAAAACCUGUCAGUACUGUAUUUGAUUAGCAGUACUUUACCUGGUUGUUAAGUGUUUUUUUUGUGGUGGGGUUGUACAAAAAAAAACAAAAAGAGAGAGAACCCACCAGAAAAAGGCUAGAAAAGGUCAAAUGAGUAAGCCUUUUCUGUUUUUUGUAUUGGUAAUGGUAAGUGAUGUUGAAAUGUACCCUUGUGUCUACACCCAAAUCAUGAACUUUGUUUUCUGUAUCUCAAUGUUUUUGUGUGCUUUAUAGCGAAGCAGCCGGCGCGAGUCGCUUGUUCAUAAAACAUCUAAUGAAAGUUGAGAGCACAUCCCACGGGACAACUGGCUGUGCUUGCUUACGUUUGGUUCAUGACUUAAAAAACAAGUACAGGAGUCAUUCCCGAUGAAUCUAAAGCUAUGUCGCUGUUGGCUCCAGCCAAUGCUGUGGCAGGAAUGAUGCCCGGUGGAGGCCUUCUUCCGACACCGAAUCCUCUGGCAUCUAUGGGAGCAACACCAUUUGGCGGUCUUGGAGCUCCUAGCAUUGAGCAGAUGGCUGCUAUGGGAAUGCCCGGACCGAACAUGAACCCCCAGGCUCUUUCCGCAGAUUUCCUGAAGCUCAUGCAAUCCAUGGAUCCCAAAUUGAACCUUGCAGCUGGAUUGAACUUGAGUCCAGGGCUGAAGGCUGACGCAUCGAAUAAGGAGAUUGAAGAGGCCAUGAAGAGAGUCCGAGAGGCCCAGUCUCUUAUUUCUGCAGCUAUUGAACCAGGAAGUAAGAAAGAUGACAAGCGCAAACAUUCCCGCUCCCGUUCGCGUUCACGGCGCAGACGAACCAGAUCUCGUUCAAGACACAGACGUUCGAAGAGCAGAUCUCGGCGUAGGUCUCAUUCAAGGAGCAGGAGGAGGUCCAAGAGCCCACGGAGGAGGAGGUCCUACUCCCGGGAUAGAAGCCGUCGCAGUAGAUCUAGAGACAGGAGGAAGGAGGAGAAAUCCAAGAAAAGAUCCAAGACACCCCCCAAAAGCUACAGCAGCGCCAGGAGGUCUCGGAGCAUUAGUCGGAGACACAGGCGAAGUCGCAGUGCUUCUCGCUCCCCUAAGAGAAGGGUCUCCAGGUCUCCAUCCCCCAGACGCCACAAGAAAGAAAAAAAGAAGGACAAGGACCGUGAGAAGGAAAGGGACAGAGACAGAAGGGAGGACAGGGACCGCAGCAGAGACGAACGAGAACGCUCCAACAGUAAGAAAAAAAAGAGCAAAGACAAAGAACGAGAUCGGGACCGCAAGUCCGACAGCGAGAAAGGAGAUGUUAAGGUGACUCGGGACUACGAUGAGGAGGAGCAGGGUUAUGACAGUGAAAAAGGAGAGGAGGAGGAGGACGAGAGGAAAAGCGACUCUGACUCCAUCUCGUCCCCGAAAAGCCAGGAGGAGAUGGAGAGACCUGAGGGCCAAAUCCCCAAAAAGUCCAAACUGAAUGGAGAUGAUCACCACCAGGAAGACAUGGAGAUGAGCGACUAAAAACGUCCAAACCAGAUAGCAUCGUCUUUUCACUGUCCUUUUUAUAUUUUUAAUAUAGGCCACGAUAUGUCUGUGCCUGAUCGCUCAAAGUUAAACAGAUUUUGUCUUAACUGUAGAAACACUGCAAAGGAGGGCAGGCAGUGAGGUGUACGGAGGGGAGGGGGAGGCAGAACUUUUGUAAAGAUAUAAGAAACAAUUACUAAAAUAUGAAGAACAUGAAACUUGGUUUUAAAUUGUCAUUGCUGUACUUUUUAAAGAUUUUGUUAUUGGAGUUUCUGUUUGUCUUUCUGACAGUAGAAUACGCAGCAGUUUCCUCUAAAAACGCAGCAUCUGUAAAUAUUUUGCUGGUCAGGACUUUGUCCUCAUUCACACUGCUCGUUGUUUGCCACUCAGUUUUAUUUUUUCCAAACGAACAGUUUUGCUUUAACUGUGUAACACACCCAGCUGUGUUUCAUCUCUACUGACCUAUUUACAACCCUUUAUUAUUGUACAUUGUAGAUUGAAAUGUGUUGUGACAAUGAAAUAUGUUGUCUGCAAUAGAAUUUCCAAAGGACACAAAUAAAAUUGGGGUAAACUGUCAA